AUGGCCACUAUUCGCUCGCUUCUUGUACUUGUCGCGGCCGCUGGCAUCGCUUCUGCUGGGAAAUGCAAGCCUGAGAGCCGUUCAACCACGAUGGUAUCGGCGUCUGGCCUCACUACUUCCGCCAUCGACAUCGUCUCGUCAACCGUGUCCGCCUCGGUCACCCUGAUUGAGUCUACUACCAUUCAAGCUGAUACAACUGUGGAGACGACCCUUACCGAGUCUGCUUCCAGCCCCACCUCACUCGAUACCACCGAGGCCAGCACGAGCGAGUCAAAGCCCACUACUCUGGUCACUUCUUUCACUACUCGUAAUGCAGACACUACUACCGCACCAGUUGCAACCACCACUUCCGCUGCCCCUGGCCCCGUUGUCACCUGUCCUUCAGAGAUGAAUCAGUGCCUUGGUACCAUGAAGAUUCAAUGCGACGUGAUCCUAGCGAGUUUGAGCGAUCCCACCACAGUCUCCGAUCUGAACGAAUGUGCCCAGCAAUGUAACUCCGACACCUCGUGUACGGCCUUCACCUACUCGGAGGACGGCGGCCAAUGCUUCAAGGCUAGAUUCUCCUCAUCCUUCACCCAAGCGGAUGUGAAUGGCUUUGUGUCUGGUAUCAAGGGAACAUGCGGUCAGAACACCGAACCCAGUAGCACUGUCUUCACAUCCACCGCCGAAACCACUACAGCCGAGGCACCCGCAAGCACGACCUCAGCAGCACCUGUCAACAGCUGUCCUUCCGAAACCGGCCAGUGCAUCAACGGAGCUCGAAUUCAAUGCGAUGUCGCUCUAGGUGAUCUGAGCGUUGCCGGUGUUUCUAGUGAUAUCGCCGAGUGCUCUCAGUUCUGUGCGAAUACCGAUGAUUGCCGUGGCUUUUCCCGCAGACGAGACACUGGUGCGUGCUUCCUGGUUUUCGCUGAUCCUGACGAUGUCACCCAGGAUACGCGAGAGGGAUGGGACAGCGGCAUCAUGUAUACAUGCUUCAACUAG